CUAACGUGAGCUAUUAUUGUUGUUUUAUGUUUUUGCCCCCACAAGCUAUCAAAAUCUCUUUGGGUCCUCAGCUUAUAAAUUCAACAAUUUAACUUGCAAACUCCACAUACACUUUACUUGUAAACAUGCCUAUGAAAGGAAGCAAAGUGGGAGUUUUGGGUAUGGUAGUUCUAGGACUACUACUUAUAGUAGAAUUUACAAGUGGAUUGAGCAUUUGUAAGAUGAAUGACGAUGGUUUGACAUCAUGUAAGCCAUCAGUAACACAGCCAAAUCCAGUGAGGCCAUCUGCUUCUUGCUGUGAAGCCUUGUCAGCUGCAGACUUGCGGUGCUUGUGUUCUUAUAGGAAUUCAUUCGUAUUGCCCUCUCUUGGAAUUGAUCCUGAACUUGCAUUGGCUCUUCCUACUAAAUGCAAUCUCACUUCUCCUCCUAAUUGUUAAGAAAAACUAAAUAGAGGUCUUCCAUUUCUUCCCUAGUACUACACCCCUAGCUAGCUUCUUAAUUAAACUACUUUAAUUUUGUUGUUGUAAUUCAAUUUAUGUUUGAUUUUGGGACCUCUAUCCAUUUGAAAAGGAGUGUUAAAGACUUCGUUUGUUUUCGUUAAGAUUAAUAUGUUUGAAUCUAUAUGAUUAA